AUGGCGGCCAACUCGCCAGAUAUCCCUUCAACGGACGAAAAGGUCGCCCCCACCGCCAGCCAGCCACCCGCAAAGAAGGGGUGGUUUGGACGCAGCAAGGCCCCUCAGACUCCCCCCGACGUCGACGAGAAGCCCAAGGAUGCCGUGGUCGACGGCGCCCCGGCCGCCCCCAAGGUCGAGCCUGUCUCCAUCUCCGAGCUCUUCCGCCUCUCCACCAAGUUCGAGAUCUUCAUCGACUUCAUUGGUCUCAUUGCUGCCGCUGCUGCCGGCGCUUCCCAGCCUCUCAUGUCCCUGCUCUUCAGUCGUCUCACCCAGGAUUUCGUCACCUUUGGCACCACUGUCGGCGAACUCAAUAAUGCCAACCAGACGAUCGCACAAGAAGCGAAAGCGGCCCUCCCUGGGGCCGUCGCGGGCUUCAAGCGUAGCGCCGCUCUCAAUGCUUCCUACCUCGUAUACAUCGGUAUCGGCAUGUUCGUCUGCACGUAUGCAUAUAUGCUCAUCUGGGUCUACACCGGAGAGAUCAACGCCAAGCGCCUCCGUGAGAGAUACCUGAAGGCUGUUCUUCGCCAGGACAUUGCCUACUUCGACAACGUCGGUGCCGGCGAGGUCGCUACUCGUAUCCAGACCGACACCCAUUUGGUCCAGCAGGGUAUCUCGGAGAAGGUUGCCCUCGUCGUCAACUUCCUCGCUGCCUUCGUCACCGGUUUCGUCCUCGCAUACGUCCGUUCCUGGCGUCUCGCCCUCGCCAUGACUUCCAUGCUGCCCUGCAUCGCCAUCGCUGGUGGUGUGAUGAACAAGUUCGUCUCCAAGUACAUGCAGCUCUCCCUCCAGCAUGUCGCCGAGGGCGGCACACUUGCCGAGGAGGUCAUCUCCACCGUCCGCACCGCUCAGGCAUUCGGUACCCAGAACGUUCUCGGCAACCUCUACAGCGGUCACGUCAACCAGAGCCGUCUCGUCGACCUCAAGGCCUCGCGGUUACGCCUUGCCUUUGAUUUCGGCACCACACUCCUUAACCGUGGCCAAGCCACCGCUGGCGAGAUCAUCAACGUCAUCUUCGCUAUCCUCAUCGGUUCCUUCUCCCUUGCCCUUCUCGCCCCUGAAAUGCAGGCGAUCACUCAGGCCCGCGGUGCCGCGGCUAAACUGUACGAGGCUAUUGACCGCGUGCCCUCCAUUGACUCGGCUUCGCCCGACGGUCUCAAGCCCGAGAAGUGCAUCGGCGAGAUCACCCUCGAGCACGUCGACUUCAACUACCCUUCGCGCCCGAACGUGACCAUCGUCAAGGACCUCACGAUCACAUUCCCGCUGGCAAAACCACUGCGCUCGUCGUCCACCGUCAUCUCCCUCGUGGAGCGCUUCUACGACCCCCUCGCUGGGGCAGUCAAGCUCGACGGCAUCGACGUCAAGGACCUCAACGUUCGUUGGCUCCGCUCCCAGGUCGGUCUCGUCUCGCAGGAGCCCACCCUGUUCGCGACCACCAUCAAGGGCAACGUCGCGCACGGUCUCAUCGGCACUCCGCACGAGAAUGCGUCCGAGGAGGAGAAGUUCAAGCUCAUCAAGGAAGCGUGCGUCAAGGCGAACGCGGACAGCUUCAUCUCCAAGCUCCCUCUCGGUUACGAAACCAUGGUCGGUGAGCGUGGCUUCCUUCUCUCUGGCGGCCAGAAGCAGCGCAUUGCCAUCGCCCGCGCCAUCGUCUCCGACCCCCGCAUCCUGCUCCUCGACGAGGCCACCUCCGCGCUCGACACCCAGUCCGAGGGCGUCGUCCAGAACGCGCUCGACAAGGCCGCCGCUGGACGUACCACGAUCACGAUCGCGCACCGUCUGUCGACGAUCAAGGACGCCGAUUGCAUUUACGUCAUGGGUAAUGGGCUCAUCCUCGAGUCCGGCACGCACGACGAGCUCCUCCGCAACGAGAACAGCCCGUAUGCCCGCCUCGUGGCCGCGCAGCGCCUCCGUGACGCGCGUGAGAAGCGCACCCUCGACUCUGACUCAGACACCGCCGCUUCUGCCGAGGACGACGUGGAGGCCGUUUCCGCGGAGAAGCAGUCCACCGAGGCCGCCGACGAUAUCCCUCUCGAGCGCCAGAAGUCCGGCCGUUCGCUCGCCAGCGAGCUCAUCGAGAAGAAGCAGCACGAAGCCCAGCAGAAGAAGGACUACUCCCUCCCCUACCUCUUCAAGCGCAUGGGCGCGAUCAACCGCGCGUCCUGGAAGCUAUAUCUGAUCGGCUCCAUCGCUGCGAUCGCCAACGGCGCGACCUACCCGUCGUACGGCAUCGUUUUCUCCAAGGCCAUCAACACUUUCUCGGAGACGGACCCGCACCAACGCCGGCACGACGGCGAUCGGAACGCGCUCUACUUUUUCCUCAUCGCCAUCAUCUCCAUGUGGACUAUCGGGGUCCAGAACUACCUCUUCGCGCGCUCCGCCGCGGAGCUCACCUCCAAGCUCCGCACCCUCUCCUUCCGUGCUAUCCUCCGCCAGGACAUCGAGUUCUUCGACUAUGACGAGAACAACACCGGCCAGCUCACCUCUGCGCUUUCUGACAACCCGCAGAAGGUCAACGGUCUCGCCGGUAUCACCCUCGGUGCGAUCCUCCAGAGCAUCGCGACCCUCAUCAUCGGCACCGUCAUCGGUCUCUCUUUCAACUGGCAGCUCGGCCUCAUCGGUCUCGCCUGCACGCCCAUCCUCGUCUCCGCAGGCUACAUCCGCCUCCGCGUCGUCGUGCUCAAGGACCAGGAGAACAAGAAGGCGCACGAGUCGUCCGCGCAGCUCGCGUGCGAAGCCGCCGGCGCCAUCCGUACUGUCGCUUCGCUCACGCGCGAGGACGACUGCUGCCGGCUGUACUCCGAGUCGCUCGAGGAGCCCAUGCAGCGCUCGAACCGCGCCGCGAUCUGGAGCAACGGCAUCUUCUCACUCUCCCAGUCGCUCACGUUCUUCGUCAUCGCCCUCGUCUUCUGGUACGGCUCCCGCCAGGUCGCUGACUUCCAGCGCACGACCUUUCAGUUCUUCAUCGGCCUCAUGAGCACCGUCUUCUCCGCCAUCCAAGCCGGGAACGUGUUCUCCUUCGUCCCCGACGUCUCUUCCGCGCAGUCCGCCGCGUCGGACAUCAUCCGCCUCCUCGACGCCGUGCCCGAGAUCGACGCCGAGUCGACGGAGGGCGAGAUCCCCAAGGACGUCAAGGGCCGCAUCCGCUUCGAGGGCGUCCACUUCCGCUACCCGACCCGGCCCGGCGUGCGCGUCCUCCGCGACCUGAACCUCACCGUCGAGCCCGGCACGUACGUCGCCCUCGUCGGCGCCUCCGGCUGCGGCAAGUCGACCACGAUCCAGCUCAUGGAGCGCUUCUACGACCCGCUCGCGGGCGAGGUCUUCCUCGACGAGCAGCCCAUCACGCGCUACAACGUGUCCGAGUACCGGAAGCACAUCGCGCUCGUCUCCCAGGAGCCGACCCUGUACGCCGGCACCGUCCGCUUCAACGUCCUCCUUGGCGCGACGAAGCCGACGGAGGAAGUUACCCAAGAGGAGAUCGAGAACGCGUGCCGCGACGCGAACAUCCUCGACUUCAUCAACUCGCUUCCCGACGGCUUCGACACCCAGGUCGGCGGCAAGGGCUCGCAGCUUUCUGGCGGCCAGAAGCAACGUAUCGCCAUCGCCCGCGCGCUCCUCCGGAAUCCGAAGGUGCUCCUGCUUGACGAGGCGACUUCCGCGCUCGACUCCAACUCGGAGAAGGUCGUCCAGGAGGCGCUCGACCAGGCCGCCAAGGGCCGCACGACCAUCGCGAUCGCUCACCGGCUGUCGACGAUCCAGAACGCGAACUGCAUUUACUUCAUCAAGGACGGUGCAGUCAGCGAGUCCGGCACGCACGACGAGCUGCUCGCCCUCAAGGGCGGCUACUACGAGUACGUGCAGCUCCAGGCGCUCAGCAAGAAGUAG